AUGGCCAAAAUACCAGCCACACGCCUGAUGCUUAUUGCAGGGCUAUUGUCAGCAGUGAUCCUCGUCGCUAAACUUCAAUCCAAGCAUCUCGACUUGCAAACGAGUUUUCUGUCCCCGUAUCACUCCACGGUUGUAUCACACAUUAAUGCCGGGGAACCCGAGACAGCUUGCUCAGGCGUCCCCGGCAGCGAAGCCUGGUCUCACUGCCAGGAUGGACAAUCCGCAGACGAGGACGGAAGACGUCCUACAAUCGAAAAAGAAAUGUCUCGGACGCAUCAUAUAUUAUACUCAGUAUCGAGUGCCGAUCGAAAGUACUUUAAGAUCGAUUUUGGGAGAAGAACCGUGAUAAAUCCCAGUAUCAUACCCCAUCCUGAAUUGCUUGACACCUGGAUCGUCACUGCCCAACUUCAUCACCCUCCUUCGGCUCGAAUGGCUUCAAUCUGGUUUGCUGAAAUCGUCUGCAAUGCGGCGUUCUCAGAAGAUAAGCGAGUUCUGAGCUGUCUGGAACCACCGCUGCAAUUGCCCAUACCAGCGACGUUUGGUGACUCCAGCAAGUGCGUCGGCGACAUUUCAUACUUCAGUCUCAGCAUUGGGCCUCAUGAUGCGAGGGUAUUCUACGGGCCCGAGAUUCCGUACACCAUUUAUGGCUCGAAUUCUUUCUUUACGUGUUUUGGACAAUGGAUCUCCGACUUUCGAAUCUUGGUGGACUGGGGCAUGGACACGAUACAUGAACACGAGUUCCGCCAGUAUCGUGAGCUCCAACGUCCAAUGCCAUGGAAUGCUGUCGAGAAGAAUUGGUUCCUUUUCUGGGACGACUUCGGACAAAUGUUCAUACACCACGAUAUUACCCCGGUGCGAGUAUUUGCGAAACUCGAGCUCGAUGGCUCCGUUGGGCCAAACUUGGCUCUGGCGACGGCGACUUCUGACCAAGCGUGUCUCAAGAGAUUCCUGCCUCAGAGUACGAACCCAACGCAGAAAAUCCAUCAAGCGACAAACUCGCUAGCUAUCACUCUAUGUGCACGAUCGGACCAAUCGUGCCAGCCUGAUACGACCAAUACCUUUGUGCUUUUCAUCAUCCAACAAAAGACCAUGCAAGGUUUUCACCCCGUAUAUGAGCCAUAUGUUGUGCUUACUCGGCGUUCUACGCCAUAUGAGAUUUAUGCGGUCUCGUCGAAACCAAUUUGGAUCUUUGGUCGCAAUACUGCUGCGAAAAAGUCAGAUGUAUCUUCUUUAACAUUGUUCUCGGAAGACUCCGAGAUGCUCUACAUGACUAGCAUCAGCUGGAAAAGCCACGGCCAGAAGUAUCAUGGGUACAUUGAUGACACACUGUUCCUGGCAUUUGGCUGGGAGGACUCAGCCGCUGGCGGUAUCGACGUUACCGCGAGAGACCUCCUAGCAGAGCUGGGUAUGUGUGCAGAAUCUUGA